UUUUUCUCCACACCGAAUCGAACCUGUUCACUCUCUCCCUCUCCAACCGGCGUCGACGAACAAUCAUCACCGACGUCCGGAGAAAAACCUCAGUCGUAUUCACUGUCUCGGCAUCAUCCGCGACUGUUUUCUACAACUGACGCCCUCCCCAUAAAUCCUCCUCCUUUUUCUUCUUCCCCAUCCCUGUUAGUCAGAAGGGCUGCCCUCCUAUCACUCUUACUCUUCUUCUUCCUCCCUAGUAACCUGUUUUCUCCAGCCAAACCUGAGAACCUCUCCCUACACAUCUCUUUCUCCCAUUCUUCUUCUUCUUCCUUUCCUCUCUCCCUCCACACCUUUCUACUUCUAUCUCAUUAGUUGAGAAACUUCAGCGAAGCCACCCACACCGAACCGGGGAGGUAGAGACGAUCCCAUCCUCUCUCUCCUUCUAUCUUCUUAUUCUUUUCCACUUUGGUUUACCUUCCACUGCUGUUGUAACUAAACCAACAAAAAGCCUCUGCCGCCAUUAAUGGUAACCCGUGUUGUUAUCUCGGACGAAAACCAGAGAGGAGCGGCAGAACUCGCGAAGCAAUCUCAGAGGGGCAGACGAACAAUUAAACAUGGUCGUCCGGGAAGACUUCCCAGUCGAUAAGCAAUUCAUAGCUUCUCCAGUGAAGUCGGCGGUCGACAAGUUCCAGCUUCUUCCUGAGUUCCUAAAGUUGCAGGUGAGAGGUUUGGUGAAGCAACAUUUGGAUUCGUUCAAUUACUUCGUUAACAUUGGAAUCAAGAAAAUUGUUGAAGCCAAUAAUCGCAUCACAGCCAGUUCUGAUCCCAAUUUUUACCUCAAGUACACCGAUGUCAAAAUUGGAACGCCCUCUAUCACUGCAGAUAAUGUAACUGACACUCUCACACCGCAUAUAUGCCGUCUGUCCGACAUGACGUAUGCUGCUCCUAUAAUGGUCAACAUAGAGUACGUGAAAAAAUUUUGUGAUCAGAUUACUAUUGAGAAGAAGGAAAAUGUUGUUAUUGGAAGAAUGCCUAUAAUGCUAAGGAGUUGCUGUUGUGUCUUAUAUGGAAAGGAUGAAGCUGAACUUGCUCGCCUUGGUGAAUGCCCACUUGAUCCUGGAGGGUAUUUCGUUGUCAAAGGAACAGAGAAGGUGAUUCUAAUACAAGAACAACUUUCAAAGAACAGAAUCAUCAUUGAUACUGAUAAGAAGGGAUGUUUAAAUGCAUCCGUUACUAGCAGCACAGAAGCAACCAAGAGUAAAACAAUUAUUCUCAUGGACAAGGGGAAGAUAUAUCUACGCCUUAAUGCAUUUGUUAAAGAUAUUCCUAUCAUGGUGGUCAUGAAGGCUAUGGGAAUGGAAAGCGAUCAAGAGGUGGUGCAGAUGGUUGGAAGAGAUCCAAAAUAUGGUGCCCUCCUUCUGCCUUCCAUUCAGGAGUGUGCGGGUCAUGGCAUAUACACACAACAACAGGCUCUUGAGUUCCUUGAAAAGAAGGUGAAGAAGUUCUCAUUUUCAAAUCCUGCACUAGAAAAGGAAGGCAGAGCAAUGGAUACACUUCGUAAUGUAUUUAUUGCAAAUGUUCCAGUUCGUCAGAAUAAUUUUCGUCCAAAAUGUAUAUAUGUUGCGGUAAUGAUGCGGCGUAUGAUGGAAGCCUUUUUGAAUAAGGAUGCAAUGGAUGAUAAGGACUAUGUAGGGAAUAAACGGUUGGAGCUAUCUGGACAGUUGAUAUCUCUUCUCUUUGAGGACUUGUUCAAGACAAUGAACAGUGAGGCCAGGAAGAGCGUUGAUUUGCAAUUGGCAAAGGUUAAUCGGUCUGUUCCAGUUGAUAUUGCUAGAUAUAUUGUGAAAGAUAGCAUUACCUAUGGCUUAGAAAGGGCAAUUUCUACCGGAAAUUGGGAUCUCAAACGAUUCAGAAUGCAUAGGAAGGGAAUGACACAGGUGCUUGCUAGGCUUUCAUUUAUUGCAACUUUAGGCCACAUGACCAAAAUCUCGCCACAAUUUGAGAAGUCUAGGAAAGUAAGUGGACCUAGGGCAUUGCAACCUAGCCAGUGGGGUAUGCUUUGCCCCUGUGACACUCCUGAAGGUGAAGCUUGUGGGUUGGUGAAAAACUUGGCUCUGAUGACUCAUGUCACAACUGAUGAUGAGGAGGGUCCAUUGAUUUCUCUGUGUCACAGCCUGGGUGUUGAAGACUUGGAACUGCUAUCUGCAGAGGAGAUUCAUACACCAAAUUCGUAUCUAGUUAUUUUUAAUGGGCUUAUUCUUGGAAAGCAUAGGCAGCCAAAGCAAUUUGCUAAUGCCCUGAGAAAGUUGAGGAGAUCUGGCAAAAUUGGAGAGUUUGUAAGUGUCUAUGUAAAUGAGAGACAGCGGUGCGUUUACAUUGCUUCAGAUGGUGGUCGUGUUUGUCGUCCAUUGGUUAUCGCUGAUAAGGGUGUAUCAAGGAUCAAAGAACAUCAUAUGAAGGAAUUAAUGGAUGGAGUUCGCAGUUUCAAUGAUUUUUUACGUGAAGGAUUGAUCGAAUAUCUUGAUGUCAAUGAGGAGAACAAUGCAUUGAUUGCUUUAUAUGAAGGGGAGGCUGAACCAGAAACAACUCAUAUUGAAAUUGAGCCUUUUACCAUCUUAGGUGUAUGUGCUGGACUAAUACCUUAUCCCCACCAUAAUCAAUCACCAAGAAACACAUAUCAGUGUGCAAUGGGAAAACAAGCUAUGGGCAAUGUCGCUUACAACCAGCUAUGCCGGAUGGACACAUUACUUUACCUUUUAGUCUAUCCUCAGCGACCACUACUGACAACAAGGACAAUUGAGUUGGUUGGUUAUGAUAAGCUUGGGGCAGGGCAGAAUGCAACAGUUGCUGUUAUGAGUUAUAGUGGUUAUGACAUUGAGGAUGCAAUAGUCAUGAACAAAUCAUCUCUUGAUCGUGGUUUUGGUCGUUGUAUUGUAAUGAAAAAGUUAUCUGCUAUCAAUCAACGGUAUCCUAAUGACACAUCUGAUAGAAUAAUUAGGCCUCAAAAAGUGAGGAGCAAUGCAGAAAAGAUACUCGAUGCUGAUGGAAUUGCUGCACCUGGGGAAAUAAUUAGGCCACAUGAUAUCUACAUCAAUAAAGAAACUCCAGUCAAUACGAGGGACAAGUUUACAUCUCCAACAGGAUUACCAGAUAGUGCUUACAAGUCAACUAGACAAACAUACAAAGGUCCUCAAGGGGAGACAGCUGUAGUUGAUAGAGUAGCACUCUGCUCGGAUAAGGAUAAUAAUUUGUGCAUCAAAUUUCUAAUUCGUCAUACCCGUAGACCAGAGGUUGGUGACAAAUUCAGCAGCAGACAUGGACAAAAAGGUGUUUGUGGCACCAUUAUCCAACAAGAAGAUUUUCCUUUUUCUGAACGUGGCAUCUGUCCUGAUCUGAUCAUGAAUCCUCAUGGAUUUCCGAGCCGGAUGACAAUAGGGAAGAUGAUAGAACUUCUUGGUGGCAAAGCUGGGGUUUCAUGUGGUAGAUUCCAUUAUGGCAGCGCAUUUGGUGAACCAAGUGGCCAUGCAGACAAAGUUGAGGCUAUAAGUGAGACCCUUGUGAGGCAUGGCUUUAGCUAUAAUGGCAAGGAUUUCAUCUAUUCAGGUAUCACAGGUUGUCCACUGCAAGCAUACAUAUUCAUGGGUCCAAUUUACUACCAGAAACUUAAACACAUGGUUCUAGAUAAGAUGCAUGCUCGAGCUAGAGGACCACGUGUCAUGCUAACUAGACAGCCAACUGAAGGGAGAAGCCGUGAUGGAGGACUACGACUUGGAGAGAUGGAACGUGAUUGUUUGAUUGCUUAUGGUGCUAGUAUGUUAAUAUUUGAGCGGUUAAUGCUCUCCAGUGAUCCUUUUGAGGUUCAGGUCUGCAGGGUUUGUGGUUUGUUAGGAUAUUACAACCAUAAGCUGAAAACAGGUAUCUGUUCCACAUGCAAAAGUGGAGAUCAUAUAUCUAAAAUGAAGUUGCCAUAUGCAUGCAAGCUCUUAUUUCAGGAACUCCAAUCCAUGAAUGUGGUCCCUCGUUUAAAACUAACUGAGGCAUGAUUAGCAUGGAUGCUGCUCUCCAGUAUAUCAAGUGCGGUAAAUGGGGUGUCUGGAUCAGGUGAAAGAUGUUCUGCAGGAUACCAGAUCAAGGUGUGCAACACGAGGACCUCAUCCUCAGAUCUAAAGAGAAUCUAUUUGGACAUUUUCUCGCUAUAAAGAGUGGAAUCCAACGUUCAUGGAAGUCUGUUAUAAUUCCCAAGGUGCAAAAAUUAUUAAGAAGAGUUGUUUCUACUUUGAAGCCCUUCUGCUGCAUUACAAUGUCCAAGAACAGGUCAUGUGUACAGGUUUCCUUAGUUCAGUUCUUUCUUAUAUUUAAUAUUAUUAGAACAAAAUAAUAGAUCCUUUCCCCCUAUUUGUUUUUAUCUCUUGCCCAUUUUGGUUUCUUUAUUUCUCUCUUUUCCUUCUUUCUUUAUUUAUUUCUUUGGUGGGGGGAUGCAAUGUGAAGGGUUGUAAUGCGUAACAACUCUGGGCAUUUUUUCUUUGUUCUCCAUUUGAAACAAUUAAGUGAAAGCUCUGAACAUUUUUCAAUUC